AUGUGUAACAGUACGUUUUUGACACAGGUGGCCAUUUGUGCAUUCGUCAGCGGAAAAGUGCCCUCGGUUACGCCGCUCGAGGACGACGACAGCAAAGGAGCAGAGACGGCGUGCAGCGACGACGGACUUGGUGCACGCAUUGUUACCGUACGCUGUGGCUGUUUGGUGGUGACCGUCUUCGCCCUUGCCUUCGUCCUCGCUUUCGCUCUCGCCCUCGCCCUCACCCUCGUCGUCGUAGCUGAAGUCGAAGUCAGCUAG